AUGGCAACAAAAACAUACCGAGAUGCCGUAGACCAGUUAAAUACUCUUCAAUCUAAUGCUGCCACCCUCGAAGCUGUUCGUGCAUCUGGCGGUCGUUCAAGUGCAUUUGCUAUCCCAGAAAUGCUUGAAUAUCUUGGAAGGAUAGGAUACUCCCCUCAACAACUCAACGCCUUGAACGUCAUUCAUAUCACAGGGACGAAGGGAAAGGGGUCAACUAGCGCAUUUACAGACUCCAUUCUCAGAUGCGCUAAGCCGGGGUGGAAAAUAGGUUUAUACACUUCACCCCAUCUGGUAGCUGUUCGAGAAAGAAUACGAAUCAACGGCGCUCCUUUGUCUGAAGCCGAAUUCACUCAAUACUUCUUUGAAGUCUGGGAUCGACUUGUAGCCAACAAUACUAGACAAGUUCCAACUACGCCUGAAAUGCCUGGAUAUUUUAGGUUCAUGACUCUCAUGGCAUUCCAUGUUUUUAUGGAACACAAAGUUGAUGCCACUGUUUUGGAGGUUGGCGUUGGAGGCACCUAUGAUAGUACUAACAUCGUCCCCACUCCUGUGGUCACUGGCAUUACUGCUCUGGGAAUAGAUCACGUAAAUGUACUUGGAAGGACUCUGACCGAAAUUGCAUGGCAGAAGGGCGGAAUUUUCAAGAAAGGUGUCCCGGCAUUUACUGUUAAACAACCCGAAGAGGGGAGAAUAAUGCUUGAAUCUCGCGCAAAGGAGCUAAAGGCCAAAAGUAUGACUAUUGUAUCCGCAACCCCGGAACUAUCUGCUUUGAAGUUAGGACUUGCUGGAAUCCAUCAAGUUGAAAAUGCUAGUCUGGCGGUCGCUCUUGCAAAAAGUUUCCUGGAAGCACAAACAGGAGACUGUUUUGAUGACCAAAGCCUUCCGGAAUCCUUCAAGGCAGGUUUGGUUCAAACCAAAUGGCCUGGACGUUGCCAAACUGUGCCAGAUCCAAAACGUUCCCAAGUGACCUGGUACCUCGAUGGCGCUCAUACCGUCGAAAGCUUACAAUGUUGCAUGCAGUGGUUUGUUAAUCCCGGUGUAGGCUUAGCUCCGGACCCUGAAACUACACCCAAAUCCCCGAGAUUCCUCAUUUUCAAUUGCACAAGUGGCCGGUCGGGCGAAUCGUUCCUUAGUUCAAUGAAAGAAACGAGUGAAACACAAUUGGCAUCAUUUCGGAGAGACUCCGAAGACAUUGCCACCUUUUUUGAUCAUGUCAUUUUUUGUGCGAACGUCACAUAUGCUGAUGGCCAUUUUAAAGGAGACCUUACGUCGAAAGCGAUAUCCGACUCUGAACUUGCCGAAUUGAAAACUCAACAGGCAUUGGCAUCAGCAUGGUCAAAACUUAUUCCUUCUUUCCCUUCAGGUCACAUACAUGUCUUACCUUCAAUCGAGAAUGCCGUCAAAGUAGUCGAGGAGGCUCAAACCAAAUUUGGGAUGCCCGUAAAAAUUUUGGUGACAGGAAGUUUACAUUUAGUGGGAGGAGUAGUAGAGGUUGCUGGCCUCUCCGAAGUAGCGCUAUGA